UUCAAAAAACUAAAAUUAUGGCAAGUCCACGUACUAGACGAAUAUUAAAAGACCUUAGACCUGUUGAUGAGAAUAACUUUUGUUUUGAAUGUCAAGCAUUAAAUCCACAAUGGGCUAGUGUUACUUAUGGCAUUUGGAUUUGUUUGGAAUGUUCUGGGAAGCAUAGAGGGCUAGGUGUACAUAUCAGUUUUGUUCGUUCCCUAACGAUGGACAAAUGGAAAGAUAGCGAAUUAGAAAAAAUGAAGGUUGGAGGAAAUGUAAAGGCUAGGGAAUUUUUGGAAUCCCAACCUGAUUUCAAGCCGGAAUGGACUAUAAUCGAAAAAUAUAAUUCCAAAGCUGCCGCUCUGCUGAGAGAUAAGGUCAGUACCGAAUCUGAAGGCAAAGUGUGGUCCUAUGAAACGUCUCCAGCUCGUAAUUAUCAACCUAUUAAAAGUGAAAUGACUAAACCUUUGAGCAGUGGACGUGUGGAGAGUUUACAUAGCGAUGACUUUGAGGGAUUUCAAAAUUCUGGGCAAAGUAAUUCUCGUUAUUCCGGCUUUGGCAAUCCCCAAUUUCAACAAAAAAUGAGUUUUGACUCCAAUUCUCAAUCUGAAAUGUUAACGGGUGCUUUGAAUUCCCUUUCAAUGGGUUGGAAUUUGUUAAGUAAAGGAGCAACUUCAGCUGCUGGAAUGGCUAAGGAUUUGACUUCUCAAACGGGUACAAAAGCUGUUGAGUUGAGUGAAACUGUUGCGAGCAAGAUUGGAGAAGGAAAAUUGCUUGGAGGUUUUGGCAAUUUAUUAAAUUCUGCAACAGAAUUUGGUCAAAAAUCGUUUAGUGGAAUUAAUCAAUUUGUAAAAUCAACAAGUUUGCAUGGUUUUAGUGGUGGACAAUUUAAAGAUCAAUAUGACGACUUAUCUGACUUGAAAAAUACGAGCCAAGUUAAUGAGGGUGAAAAUUUGGAAGAUGAAAAAUAUAAGAAAAUGUAUCGACAACAAAAAAUUGGGGAAGAAAUUAAUAAACUCACUUCAGGAAUUCCAUCAUCUAAAUAUUCUUCAAAUUCUGCAAAAAGUGGAUUAAACAAUAUAGUUGAAAAUGAGAAUGAAUUGGGUGUACCAGAUAAUUUGUAUCAAUCAAGUAGUUCAUCUCCUUCAUUAAUUUCUCUUGAAAAAUCGGGUGAAAAAAUUAUUAAAAAACAACAAGGAUUGAAUAAACAAGUUGCUGGAGAAAAGAAAAAGACGAUGACAAAACCAAAAGAUGAUCCUUGGGAUAUUUUAAAUAGUUGA